UGAAUUNGCGGUCGGCAAAAAUAAAGGUUUAUCGAAAGGUGGAAAAAAGGGUGUCAAAAAGAAGAUUGUCGACCCCUUUACAAGGAAAGACUGGUACGAUGUGAAAGCCCCAUCAAUGUUUAUCACGAGGCAAGUGGGAAAAACUUUGGUAAAUAGGACUCAAGGAACCAAGAUUGCAUCAGAGGGUUUAAAAUUUAGAGUGUUUGAAGUAUCUUUAGCAGAUUUACAAAAUGACAACGAUGCUGAUCGUUCGUUCCGAAAAUUUAAACUCAUCUGUGAAGAUGUUCAAGGAAGAAAUUGUCUUACAAAUUUCCAUGGUAUGGAUAUAACAACUGAUCGACUUAGGUCAAUGGUAAGGAAGUGGCAGACACUAAUUGAAGCUUCUGCUGAUGUUAAGACCACUGAUGGGUAUUUGCUUAGGGUGUUUUGCAUUGGAUUCACCCAUAAAGAUCCGGCAUCUCAGAGAAGGACUUGUUAUGCCCAGCACACCCAGGUUAGACAAAUUCGUAAAAAAAUGGUAGAAAUAAUAACUCGUGAUAUUACGGGCAGUGACUUGAAAGAAGUUGUUAAUAAACUCCUUCCAGAUUCCAUUGCAAAGGAUAUUGAAAAAGCCUGUUUAGGAACAUAUCCUUUGCAUGAUGUUUACAUCAGGAAGGUGAAGGUUUUGAAAAAACCUCGUUUUGAGUUGUCCAAGUUAUUGGAAUUGCAUGGUGAUGGUGGUAAAGGAAGUACACCUGGCGAAUCAGGUGAAGCAGGCUCUAAAGUAGACAGGCCAGAAGGUUAUGAACCGCCUGUGCAAGAGAGUGUUUAAGCUGUAAAGAGAAAAAAGAAGGAAAAUAAAACCCUGUUUAUAACUUU